AUGAACCAAAUAAACCAGCAAACACUGAAUAAUGAGAUCCAAACGUAUCCAGAACACGAUAACUCCCUGAAAACGAGCUGGAUCUGGUGUAUUAUCAACACCUUCGCACAUGUCCACUCUUGCAAGGUAUUUGUGGAUGAUAUCGCUCUUCGCAAUAUCUUAGUGCUGGAUGGACAGCUUAAGCUUUCUGACUUUGGACAAUCUAUUUUAUUACCACUUGAUAUUGAUUUGAAUUCGGAAAAUGAAAACGACUUAACUGUCCAGAUUGAGAUACUUCACCUUGGUUGGGUUCUCUACUCUAUCGCAUCCUGGCGCGUCCAUAAAUACUAUUUUUUCAACCCCGAAAACGCUGACUUGUGUUGGCCCGAACCAGACUCAUUCCCAAAUGCAGAUCAUGUUCUCUUUGUGGCAAUAAUCAAGAAGUGCUGGCGGGGCGAAUAUACGAGUAUGGAUGAUGUGAGAGAUGAGGCUCACCAAUUGCUCACUAGCGACAAAGAUCAUCCGGUGCGCGAUCUUGGUAACGAAUCUUGA